AUUAAAAUUUUAAACUAUUAAGAAAAAAUUUUGUUAUACAUUAAGAACACGAAGUUCCAAUUAAAAAAACCGCUAACGUAUUAAUCUUAAUGGUUUUGAAGAGAUGAAUAUGAAUAUUAUUCUAUUUUCUUUGUUUUUUAUAAUUACUUUUCAUUCAAAUUACUUAGCAAAUUGUACUACACAUUCUUUGGAUUAUAGAAGGUAUGUUAUUGAAGUAUUAAAUCACUUAUGCCAUCAAAAUGGAUGGAAGUCAAUGCCACAUAUACGUUUAAAAUACCCUUCAGUAAAAAAUAAUGUAAUCAACAUAGUAAAUGAAAAAGUUACUGUUCGCAAUUAUGAACAAGUAUAUCACGAUUUAGCCCACGUGCUCAAUUGUAGAUAUACCGAAAUACUUUGGUACUUUGAUACUAUGAUCAGUUAUAUAAUAGAUAAAUGCUAUAUGGAAUUAAACAUGCCCAAUUUUAAUAAUUGCGCUAUUAAUGUUUUUGAUGCAGUAAAAUAUUCAGCUAUCAUGUUCAAUAAAUUAUUUAGCGCCAUGAAUUUUAUGAGGAGCAUAAAUUUAAAAAACAUAAAUAGUACAAAAAAUAAUCCAACCACUAUAGUAGAUGAGAUUAAAAUGGUUAAAGAAUUUAUUAGUUUAAUAAUGGUUCAAAGACCAUCAGGAUUACCGACAGUUGACAAAAAAGAUAUUUUAGACGAAUUUUUAAAAAUAAAAAUAUCCUAUGACACUUUAGAUUUUAAGAACAUCUUACGUCAACUUAUUUUAAAAAAUAACAUAUUUACCUCUAUAAAUAAAAGCGAUGUUCCGCAAUACUUACAAAUAAUGUAUGACGAAAACGCUUUUAAUAACUUUAAUAACUUGAAUAUCAAUGUUGGUUCAAUAAAAAAAUUACUUCUAACAUUUUAUAAGCAAAUAAUUCAAGAUGUAUACGAAGAUAUUGGUUUUCCUCAUUUAUUGGAUUAUGAUACACCUAAGUUUACACCAUCUACAGUUGACUUUAUGAAUAAAACUGAAAGAAUUCAAUUUUUGAAUUCAAUUAUAACAAAGGAUGGUUGGAAAAUGAUGAAACACAUAACAAUAAUACACAAAAAUGAAUAUCUAAAGGUUGAUGAUAUUUUUACUCCUGUAAAUAAAACCAAUGAAAAUCACAAACGGUUACAGAUUUCUCAAUUAAUGAGAUGCAGAUACACUGAAAUACUCCACAAUUAUGAAUACUUUUUAAAAGCCUUCUUGAAUUUAUGCUGGAAUGAAAAAAAAAAUAAUACUACAAAUCACUUUGUAUAUUGUGUUAUUCAACUUUACAACUCUUUAAAUAAAUCUACAAUUAUGCUUGAUCGUAUGUUUACUGCAUUAUUAAAAAUAAAAAAAAUGUCAGGAUUACCGACAGUAAAAUCUUAUCCAUUGCUCAUUGAAAGAUUCUUUGAGUCAUUUUUGAAUUUUAUUAAAGAAUUAUUUAAUAAGUAUCAAUUCGAAGCAGACUUUAACAACGUAAAUAGUGACGGCAAUGGAAAUAUUGCAAAUGCAUUUUUAAAUGAAGUUACGAAUUUACAAGGGAAAAUAAUAGUUCAAAGUUUAGUAACAAUGAAAAAUUAUAACACGAAAAUUUGCUUAUUCAAAGUAAAAUCUCUGGAAUUAGAUAGUAUAAUAGAUAUCUUAUUGUGUUUGGACUAUAAAAAUUGCAAAACGCCUCUUGGUCAUUUUAUUGAUCCUUUGUAUGAAAAAGCAAACACUUAUUAUGAAAAUAUUAUUAGAAAUGAUUGUGAAAACAUCGGUUUUUGAUUAACGGAUUUUUUUUUUUAAUUAAACUAAUUGUCGCAUUAUGAUUUUAACAUAUAACAUAAUUAAAUAAACAAUAAUUAAAAAACAAUUUUAUUUUCCAAUCAAAAUCAUUACCUAAUCUGUAUUUAUUAUAUUUAAUAUAUUGGUAAUUUUGAAAGGAAGGAGUUAAAAAUAACUACUGUAUAAACAAAAGUAUAACAAUUUUAUUCAGUAAAAAGUAAAAAAAAAUUUUAACAUAAUACGGUAAUAACAAUACCAUUGACCGUCGCGAAAAAAAACAAUUCAAA